AAAGAUUUACAUAUUGGUCCAUAUCAAUAUUUAUCACGUUAAAUUAUUAAAUUCAAAGGCAGCUUUUUGCUCCUGAGUGAAGGCUGCAGUUUUAAACUCUUCUUUAUAAGCAGAAAAUGACGAAGAUUUGAUAAACAGCAACGUAUUUUAUAAAUGUGAUGAAGAUCUUCUGCACAGAUGUCUGAUGAAGAUGACUGGAUUUCUCUUCGGUGUUCACUGUGGUGGAUUAAAGAACUUGACGAGCCUCAGUUGUCAUUACUUGAAUAUAAAAGGUUAUUACAACAUGGAUCUCGUGACAGCGAAGAUUCUUGGUCUAACGCACAUUCUGACGGUCAAACCAAAAAGCUCAAAGUACAAUAGAAGCAUUUCAGUGUUAUACCAAAUGGGAGGGAGCAGAUGGCAGUCUGCAUCUCUGUACAGGAAGUUGUAACACAAUGUCCUUUAUGCUCAUGUGAUACAGACUCUCAAGGUUCACCUUAUCUCAACACCAGAGACGGGAUGGCAACUCCUCACACAUAACUAUAAAGCUUAAUUCUUAAAGUGAGACACAAAAACCACGUAACAGUUUCCUGCUCACUCAGUGUCCAUCCGUCUUCACUGCCUGGGUUCGCCAUGGCCUUGAAAAGGAGACGGGCGACAUCCCCUUCUAGCAGCGUGAGUGGAGGAGAUCUUGACGAUAACCAAACUGCAGCGUUAGUGACUUCAAUUGGGCGAAAGAGGAGAAGGACCGCAAACAUACCGACUGUGGAUCCUAUCGCUGUAUGUCAUGAACUGUACAACACAAUCAGAGAUUACAAGGAUGAGCAGGGCAGGAUGUUGUGUGAGCUGUUCAUUAGAGCCCCGAAACGAAGGAAUCAACCAGACUACUACCAUGUGGUGUCUCAGCCGAUUGACAUGAUGAAAAUCCAGCAGAAAUUAAAGAUGGAGGAGUACGAUGACGUUGAACAAAUCACCAGUGACUUUCAGCUGUUGUUUAAUAAUGCUAAAAAAUAUUACAAGUCCGACAGUCCUGAGUACAGGGCAGCCUGUAAACUGUGGGACCUCUACCUGCGGACCAAGAAUGAAUUUAUCCAGAGAGGAGAUGACGAUGACGAUGAUGAAGAUGGCUACGACGCACAAGACAACCCUGCAGGCACCACUGAGGACGAGAGUGCACCCACCUGUUUGAAAGAGCUCCUCGAGCAGCUCCUCGACGCUGUGGUGUCUUACACUGAGCCGACUGGACGUCUGGUCAGCGAGCUGUUCCAGAAGCUUCCCUCCAAAAUGCAAUACCCAGAUUAUUACGCCAUCAUCAAGGAACCAAUCGAUCUGAAAAUAAUCGCUCAAAAAAUUCCGUUGGGCCAGUACAGGAGUGUCAGUGUCAUGGCUAAAGACAUCGAUUUGCUGGUGAAAAAUGCCAAAACCUAUAACGAGCCUGGGUCACAGGUGUUUAAGGAUGCAAAUACCAUUAAAAAGAUUUUUACACAAAAGAAGUCUGAGAUGGAACAUGGAGAACCAAUCAAGUCCAGCAUUCGCAUCAGGAAUAGAAGGACAGCACAAGGAGACCGCCUCUCAGCCAUCACCAUGGCUCUGCAGUAUGAAAGCGAUGAGGAAGGCAUUCUUUCUGGGUCCGUUCACUAUGACGAGGGGGAGUCCGAGGCCGAGAGUAUGACCUCCAACAUGGACAUGAGCAACCCCAUCUUCCAGCUGUAUGAAGCUGUGCGAGGUGCGAGGAACAGCCAGGGUCAGCUGAUCUCUGAGCCCUUCCUGCAGCUGCCCUCCAGGAAGGACUACCCGGACUACUACCACCAGAUCAGCCAACCCACUUGUCUCCAUCAGAUCAAGAACAAGAUGAAGAGCAACGAAUAUGAGAGCGUGGAGCACAUUGACUCUGACGUGACGCUCAUGUUCGAGAAUGCCAAACGUUACAAUGUCCCUCACUCCUCCAUCUACAAGCGUGCGCUCAAGCUCCAGCACAUCCAGCAGAUUAAGAGAAAGGAACUUUUACAGAGAGAUGAUGAUGAUGGAGACAGCAUGCUCUCCUCUGCCACAUCGGACACCAGUAGUACAAAAAGAAAAAGUCACAAGAAGAAUACAAGGAAAAACCGGAUGAAAACUCUUUUAGCCGCGGUGACUGAAGCGCGAGAAGCCGUCACCAGUCGAAGACUGUGUGACCUUUUCAUGUUCAAGCCCUCGAAAAAGGACUACCCCGACUACUACAAGGUCAUUCUGGAACCGAUGGACCUCAGGACCAUCGAGCACAACAUUCGCUCAGAUAAGUACAUGACUGAAGAUUCAAUGCUGGAAGAUAUGAAGCUGAUGUUCCGCAAUGCACGGCACUACAAUGAGGAAGGCUCCCAGGUCUACAAUGAUGCUGACGUCUUAGAGAAGAUCAUGAAAGACAGACGCAAGGAUCUUGGGCCAGCGACUGAUGACGAUGACAUGAUGUCUCCAAAGUUGAAAAUAAGAAAGAAUAGCAUUACUUUGAAGAAGUCCAAGUAUCUAACACCCUUACAGCAAAAGCUGAAUGAGCUUUACGAGGCUGUGAAGAACUACACAGAUAAGAGGGGCCGUCGUCUCAGCACCAUCUUCCUGCGGCUGCCGUCUCGGGCCGAGCUGCCGGACUACUACAUAGCCAUCAAGAAACCUGUGGACAUGGAGAAGAUCAAGAGCCACAUGUUGGCUAAUAAGUACCAAGAUGUGGACGCGCUGGUAGAGGACUUGGUGCUCAUGUUCAACAACGCCUGUACCUACAACGAACCAGAAUCUCUGAUUUACCGCGACGCUCUGAUGCUGCACAGGGUGCUGCUGGAGACGAGGCGUGACCUGGAGGGUGGAGACGACGCCCACGUGCCCGAUGUGCCCCGACUCAUCCAGGAACUUAUCCGCAGCCUCUUUGUUUCUGUGCUCAGUCACCAGGAUGACGAGGGCCGAUGCUACAGUGACUCACUUGCUGAAAUUCCCGCCCUUGAUCCUGCCAACCCUGAGAAGCCACCUCUCAAUUUUGAUAUCAUCAGAAAGAAUGUAGACCGAGGGCGUUACAAGAGGUUGGACGUUUUUCAGGAUCACAUGUUUGAAGUGCUGGAGAAAGCCAGACGAUUGAAUAGGACCGACUCUGAGAUCUUUGAAGAUGCUGUGGAGCUGCAGCAGUUCCUAAUCCGCAUCAGAGAUGAGCUGUGUAAGAAUGGAGAGAUCUUGAUGUCCCCUGCUCUCAGCUACACCUCCAAACAUCUGCACAGUGAUGUGGAAAAGGAGAAGAAAGAGAAGCUACCCAAGGAGUUCGAAGAGGACAAAAUCAAGAGGGAAGAAGAGACAAGGGAAGCGGAGAAGAGGGAGGACUCAGCUGGCGGAUCAUGGCAGUCCAACCUGCAGCGCACGUACAGUCAGGACUGCAGCUUUAAGGACAGUAUGUACCAUGUGGGAGAAUACGUGUAUGUGGAGCCUGCAGAACCCAACCUCCAGCCCCACAUCAUCUACAUUGAACGCCUGUGGCAAGAUGACACUGGUGAGAAGUGGCUGUAUGGCUGCUGGUUCUACAGGCCAAACGAAACCUUUCAUCUUGCUACUAGAAAGUUCUUAGAGAAGGAAGUCUUUAAGAGCGACUUUUACAACAAAGCUCCCAUCAGCAAGAUUCUGGGCAAGUGUGUGGUCAUGUUUGUGAAGGAGUACUUCAAACUUCACCCAGAGGGCUUCAGGACAGAUGACGUGUACGUUUGUGAGUCGCGCUACUCGGCCAAAUCCAAGUCCUUCAAGAAGAUCAAGAUGUGGACGAUGCCCCUGAGCUCUGUUCGGUUUGUUCCUAGGGAGGUGCCCCUCCCUGUUGUCCGUGUGGCGUCCAUGUUUGCCCCCAAUCAAGAGGAGAAACCACCAGAGAUUGCUGAUGAAAGCAAAAUGAUAGAUGGUAUUGUAGACAAGGAGAGGGAGGAUGUUACAAUGGAAAUGAGCAAUGGAGAACCAGGGUGUCGGUACUACGAGCAGCUCUUCUACAACAACCUCUGGCUCAAAGUGGGAGACUGUGUCUACAUUGGAUCUCAUGGACUAGUGCGCCACCGUGUGGGCAGGAUUGAGAAAAUGUGGAUGCGCGAUGGAGCAGGCUACUUCUUUGGACCCAUUUUCAUUCAUCCAGAAGAAACCGAGCAUGAGCCGACUAAGAUGUUCUACAAAAAGGAAGUGUUCCUCAGCAACCUGGAGGAGAAUUGUCCCAUGACUUGCAUCAUAGGGAAGUGCAUAGUGUCAUCCUUCAAAGACUACCUGUCAUGCCGGCCAACUGAAGUGCCUGAAGAGAACGUCCUGCUCUGUGAGAGCCGCUACAUUGACUUUGAGAAGCAGAUGAAGAAAUUCAAGGGGCUCAAGCGCUUUUCACUCUCUGGGAAGGUGGUGGAGGAUGAAACCUACUAUUUUAGAAAGCUCAUUGUGCCCCAGAAGGAGCCAUCACCUCUGCUGGACAAGAAAAUAGAGAAACUGGAGGCUAAGUUUGCUGACAUGACUGAUGAGGAGUUGGAGGAUCUUGGGGAUGAUGAUGGAGAGCUUGGGGACCGGUCUCUUCCUCAGAUGCAAUCUUCCUUGUCUAGUGAAAUGGAUAUCAUGCCUUACACUCCUCCACAGUCUACACCAAAAUCCAUAAAAGGCCUCUCAAAGAAGGAAGGCUCAAAGCGGAAGAUCAACAUGAGCGGUUACAUCCUGUUCAGCAGUGAGAUGCGAGCGGUCAUCAAAGCCCGGCACCCAGACUUCUCCUUCGGGGAGCUGAGCCGGCUCGUUGGAACAGAGUGGAGGAACCUGGAGAGUUCCAAGAAAGCCGAGUAUGAAGAGCGAGCAGCCAAAGUGGCCGAGCAGCAGGAGCGUGACAGGGCCCAUCAUCAGACGUCCCCUAGAGCAGGUACCCCAUUAGGGGCACUGAUGGGGGUGGUGCCUCCCCCAACCCCUAUGGGGAUGCUAAAAUCCAGCAUGCCGCUUGUGUCAGGUGCCAAUAGUAUGGGUGGACAUGGAAACAUUCAUGGAUCCCAGAUGGGCUCAGGGCAGGCUCCACCACCGUAUCCAGGACAAGGCCAACCUGCACUCCAGCAACCGUCCACCCCAGUGUUCGUGUCCCCACCAGCCAAGUCUCAGCGGCUGCUCCACUCGGAGGCGUACCUCAGAUACAUCGAGGGCCUUACUGCAGAAUCCUCCACCAUUAGCAAGUGGGACCAAGCCCUCUCAGCUCAAAAACAAGACGUGCGCCUGACAAAAGAGCAGGAGAGCAGACUGCCAUCCCACUGGCUGAAGAGCAAGGGCGCCCACAAGACAAUGGCAGAUGCCCUUUGGCGACUCCGUGACCUGAUGCUGCGAGACACCCUGAACAUUCGUCAGACGCACAACCUGUAGCAUGCCCAUGCUGUGAGCCUCUGUCCCCAAACCUGUGAGACAGGAAGAGGGUUAACGCUCGCUAAAAGUGUUCACUUUGUAUUGUCAUUUAAAGAAAUGUGUUUGUACCUGUGUAAGCUGCUUUCUGUGUUGAAGCUGUUGCUCUCUCUGUUUUACAUUUCAGAUAUACUGUUCUAAGUACAUGAUUGUUAAGACUCAUUCUGUGAUGAAUGCUUUCACGAUUAAAAUGUGAACAGUU